UUUAAGAAGUUGGUGAUGCAGUGGGAUUUUUUUGUAAUCAUAUCCUUCCUAUCAAUGCCUGUUGUAAUGACCAAGAAUUUCACUUGCCCAGCGAGCAUGAAUACAAAAGAAAUUGUGGAAUCCUGUCCAACAACUAAAGAGCAAUGGAGAAGUGCAGCGGAAAGAAAAAAUUGCACAAAUCUGAAAGAAAAAUGCCUAGACAAUAAGGAACUUCUGUACCAUUGCAUUAUGAACACAGAACAAACUCACCCUGUUGAAGUGUGUUACCCUGAAUUUGUGGUAGCAGGUGGAUACUGCCUAGAAUACAAUGACGGCGGAAUGCGGGUAAUGCUUACUUUAAACAUCAGCUGUCGAAAUCAUACAAAGAAGUGCCCUAAUGUUUACUUGUCUUCCCGUGCGUUUGAAU